AUGUCCACCGCGGAGGUGGUGCGCUGGCUCGAAGGUUCAAAAGCACCAGCUCGCCCGGAUUCGCUGCUGCAUCCCGCCGAUGUGUUUCCGCUCGCUACAAUCUCGAAUCCUCCCUCGAGCACCGAUCCCGACGCAGACAGCGACGACGGCGCCCGGCACGCCCCUCGCAACAUAGCGUCCCUGGUCCACCCUCCGACCCCUAAGAUUAUGGAGGACCAGGCGACUGCAAACCACGCUCGCCGACGCUCCUCUUCCCUCGCCGGCGCCUCAGCACCCUCUCAGCACGCAGACCGCAAGCAUCGACGGCGGAAGUCUGAGUCUGACAACAUCCUCGAAGAAGGGGAAGACCGUGGGAGCGAUUCCGACUCCUCAGGACGCACCGACAGCGACGAUCUUGAAUUGGACGACAUGAGCGCCGACGGCCUCCAGGACGACGAGGAGACGGGGCUCACUGGGCGGGAUAGGCGGCGGAGGCGUCGCAGGAAGAGGCGGAACACGUUGCUGGAGAACCGCGUUGUCCCGGAAGAGCCCAAAUUCACAAAGGAGGAGGAGAAAAUUGCAAACCAGACUAUGAUACAGUCCAUGCUGAUCAACGCUUUGUUGAUAGGGUUAUGGUACCUCUUUUCCAUCUCCAUAUCCGUGUACAACAAGUGGAUGUUCAAGGAAGAGAAAGAGGACGGCGAAACAAAGAAUAUCUUUCCAUUCCCCCUCUUUACGACCUGUUUGCACAUGGUGGUUCAAUUUACGCUCGCAUCGCUCGUUCUGUUCAUGAUACCUUCGCUUCGACCACGCCACGAUUCUCUUGAUCCCCAUGCCCCCGGCGCCCGCGAAGAGCUGGUAGACCCUAAGAAACCGCUGAUGACGAAGUGGUUUUAUUUUACGCGGAUCGGUCCCUGCGGAGUGGCGACGGGCAUGGAUAUCGGGUUGGGCAAUACGAGCUUGAAGUUCAUCACCUUGACCUUUUUCAAGCAAAUAUCAUACCGCCUCAUCAUAAUCAUCACGAUCAUGACCCUCGGCGUAAUUAUGAUGGUCGCCGGCGAGACCGACUUCGACGUCCGCGGCUUCAUCCUCGUCAUGUCGUCCGCAUGCUCGUCGGGCUUUCGCUGGUCCUUGACUCAAAUCCUCCUUCUCCGCAACCCUGCAACCGCGAACCCGUUCUCUUCGAUAUUUUUCCUAGCACCUGUCAUGUUUCUUAGCAUCCUCGUUUUAGCGAUACCCGUGGAAGGAUUCCCCGCCCUAUUCGUUGGGCUUUCGAGACUAUUCGAAAUGAAAGGCACCCUGCUGGGCAUUGGCAUUCUGCUGUUUCCGGGGUGCCUAGCUUUCCUUAUGACGGCAAGUGAGUUUGCGCUGCUGAAGAGGACCAGCGUCGUUACUUUGAGCAUCUGCGGCAUAUUCAAAGAGGUGGUGACAAUCACAACAGCGAACUUUGUGUUCCAUGAUCCACUCACGCCGAUCAAUCUGACCGGCUUAGUCGUUACCAUCUGCAGCAUUGCAGCGUACAACUACUUCAAGGUUCAGAAGAUGAGGAACGAGGCGAGGAUCAACGCACAUCUUGCUGCGCAGGAUCUGUAUGCGCCCGUCAAUACGCAGGAUCCUGAUCCAGUGAGGCCUAGGAUUUCCACCAGCGGGGGACUGGUUCGCAACAGCCUAAGCCUCAACCUGGGAGCUGGAGCGAGCGCAGAACGAGCAGCUACCGACAGUCCCUCAAGAGCGUCACCGGUGAAAAGGCCGGAAGAUCUAGAAUAG